GUGGAUUAGACGCAAAUUCCAAGACCGAUUAAAAAUAAAUAUUUGCGGGUAGCUUCGGAUAAAACUGAAUUUAGACUCGCAUGUUUUCUACGUAGACAGUUUCAGUUUCAAAAGGUGGUAUAAAUACAAGUGAUAUUGUGAUAUAUGCAGCUCAUACCCUUUAGAACGAAAACUGACAGGGCCAAACGGUGUUCUAACAUCGAAAUGUACGUAAUUUUAUUUUGUGGUUGACAUGUAAUAAAUUCUUAGUCUAGUGUUUCAAUGGACUUUUUAAAAAUAAAUAUGCUUGAAAUGUUAAUAUAUUUUAAUUAUCUCAAUUUACCGGCCAAACGAAAUGCCAACAUUCCAGUAUCAUAAAUAUAUGUUAUCAAAAUGACAAGACAGACAUUAGCUUACAUAUAAUACAUACAUCUCUAAAGUUUUUUUUUUAAUUAAGCGUGGAUGAUAUUUAGGCAUUAUUUAGCCUUAACCUUGGAAACGGAGUUCUACAUCAUGAUUGGAAAUUAAAUUCUCUUAAAAUCAGAUAACAUUUACAAUCCAUAACAAUUUCAGUUUAAUAUGUACGUUGAACUUUGUGUAUUUCUAGAGCCGUUUGCUUGCCACAAAGCAGGGUGAAUGUAUUGCUAUCAAUUAUAACUCAUCUAUGAAUUUACCAUGACAAAAGCUACCCAGCUGUAAUGUAGUUACCAUGCCACAUUACUCAGCUAAGGAUUGUCAAACACUGAUCCAGCCUAUUAGAGGACCCCUUUCGACCCCACACUCUGGGGUUAGCUGUACACGGGGCUUCUUUGGCCUCGUGGUCCCCAACGCUCGGGAGCUCAAACACAGACAUUACGUGUCAUUACAUUGCUUAUGCCUCCACUAUAGUAGUAGUAGACUAGUAUAUAUAACAAAUGAUGUGCAUGUUGACUCAAAAUCUUGACUAUUGUUCUCCUCACUACAGAGACUGAAUAUCGAUCAUGGACAGCCGCAUGACAGUGGAGAGAGCGAUGUCACGUUACCCCUGCACCUUUAACAUCACCCCAGAAGUAAAAUCUGACGCCAAACUCAGAGAGGUGCAAGGAAAGUUGAAGUCAGAAAUUCGACAGAGAAACGAUGAUACCGUCAAUGAUAUCCGGAAUAGAAACCUGCUGACGUGGAUCGAAUACAAAUUGAGAGACUUGCGGUCAGCAGCUCAACAAAAUGAAGACGUUAUUCAGAUGACCAACUCAAACGAUAUGGUAUCCCUUGGAAAUCGAGUUUUUCUUCUAAAAGAAAAGGGAGAAAACUAUGACUCUGCUUUCCAAAGUCUUGAAGCUCUAACCCGUAGACCAGAUGCCGGGAAAUUAACGGGUACAGCCAAAGCAGACCAGGCUUACUCGUACGCAAGGAUUGGAGGGCCUAAAAAUCAACAGUUCGCCAUUGGUCUGUACAUUGAAGCUCUGCAAAUAGAACCAGACAAUUUCCAUUGGAAAUUUGGUCUAGGUCUCGCCUUAAGAAGGUCUAUUCACAAGGAGAUGGCAAGAUCACCCGAGUUUAGAAUGUCUUUCGCACAACGCGUCAAAGAAGGAGCAAGGGUCCUGUUUGAAGUGGCAGAGACCGUCAGACAGGGAAACUUGUUUCGGAAGCGCGCCUACGGGGAGCUCGCUUUUAUGAGGGGGCUUGUGGAACAGCAGAAAGACAUCCAAGGUGGGAUGAACGUGAAUGAGAUUUUCCGUAACAUGAAGAAAGUGGAUUUGGACAGGAAUGCACAGAGUAUCAGAGAGUAAAGAAAAUAAUGUGUCAAAUGUGUACGGCAACUUUGGAUAUUAACUUGUAUUGUGUCUCCCAUGAUACGAGCAAAUGAGAUGAGGAAUUGAUUACAUUAUUUAGUAGAGACAAU